AUGCAUACAAGAUCACUGCUGAUACACGAAGAAUCUAUAGAACCAUCAUUUAUAGAAAAUGGUGUACCAGUUUUUAAACCAACGAUGGAACAAUUUCAAGAUUUUUAUAAAUUUAAUCAAUUAAUAAAUAAAUAUGGUUUAGAAUCUGGUAUAGUAAGAGUAAUACCACCAAAAGAAUGGAAUAAUAGUCUUUCAAGUUGUUAUACAGAAGAAAAUUUAUCAAAAGUUCUUAUAAAAAACCCUAUAGUUCAACAAAUAAAUCAUACAGGUCAUGGAAUUUUUCAACAACAAAAUGUUGAAAGAGCUAGAAAAUAUAAUUUAAAACAAUGGAAAGAAUUAUCAAGAAAUUAUGAACCACCUAGGAAAAGAAAAAGACUGCAUGAUGAAAUGAUAUCAAAUGAUACUGAAUAUACAAAAGAAAGAUGUGAAGAAUUAGAAAGAGCUUAUUGGAAAUCAUUAACUUAUUCUGAACCAAUAUAUGGAGCAGAUUCAGAAGGUUCAUUAUUUACUGAUAAUAUAGAUUGUUGGAAUGUGGCAAAAUUACCAAAUAUUUUAGAUUUAAUGGAAGAAAAUUUACCAGGAGUAAAUCAUGCAUAUUUAUAUGCUGGAGUAUGGAAAGCUACAUUUGCAUGGCAUUUAGAAGAUCAAGAUCUUUAUCUGAUAAAUUAUUUACAUUUUGGAGCCCCCAAGCAAUGGUAUCUGAUUCCUCAAUCUCAACAUGAAAAAUUUUUUAAUGUAAUGAAAGAUUUAUUUACUGAUGAAUAUAAAAAUUGUUCACAAUUUCUUCGACAUAAAACUUUUUUAGUUUCACCACAAUUUUUAAAGAAAAAAGGAAUUGCAGUAAAUCAUACUAUUCAUAGACAAGGUGAAUUUAUAAUUACAUAUCCUUAUGGUUAUCAUGCUGGAUUUAAUUAUGAUUAUAAUUUAGCAGAAUCUGUAAAUUUUGCUAUUCCAACUUGGUUUGAUGUUGCAAAAAAUACUGAAAGUUGUCAUUGUAUACCAGAUGCAGUUAGUAUAAAUGUUGAUCAACUAUAUCAAAAAUAUAAAUCAUGGUCAAAUAAAGUUGAUUUGUUUUAA